CGGCCCGGCAUCCUUUUCAUCCAUGGCGGAGGAAGGGUCAUGGGAAAUGUCUACGUUGGUCUCGCAGCAGUGAGCGAGUUCGUCAAAGAGCUCGAUGCUGUGGUGGUCAGUCCUGGAUACCGCUUGGCCCCAGACUUUCACGGUAGUGCUGCAGUUCAAGACAGCUACGCUUCACUGGUCUGGAUGUCCGAAAACCUGAGCAAGCUCGACAUCGACCCGGCUCGUUUCAUCAUCGCUGGCGUCUCAGCUGGAGCAGGCAUAGCCGCAGGGACAUUGCUGUACUCCCGGGACCACAAUGGCCCUAAAGUCUGCGCGCAGUUGCUGGUAUGCCCGAUGCUUGAUGAUCGGUUCACCAGCUUGUCGAGUCGACAGUUUGAAAACGGUCGAGGCUUUUACACAGCUUGGGGUCGAUACGCCUGGAAAUUGGUUCUCGGCGAUGAUGCCGAGAAGGGAACUGUCAGUCAGUACGUGGCACCCGGGCGUGCUGAAGACUUGUCAGACCUUCCACCUGCCUAUAUCGAUGCCGGUUCUGGUGAGCCCUUCCGGGAUGAGGACAUUGCCUAUGCUACCAAACUCUGGGAAUGCGGUGUUCAAGCAGAUUUGCACAUUUGGGGAGGAGGAUGCCAUGGGUUUGACUUGUUCUAUCCUACUGAGAUAGGUGCUGAAGCCAUCAAGACGAGAAAUGCCUGGCUACGGAAGGUUUUG